AAUUAAUCUCAAGAAACUAAUCAACUAUGCCUUUGGCUUCACUUCUAAUCAACUUCACAUAAAAAUAUCUCUUCAAACAACAUUUCAUCACUACACAACUUGUUCUGCAAUGGCCAAUUUCAAAGGAAAUCUGCCAUUUUCCAUACUCACCAUCGCAAUCUUGGCUUUCGUCGCGCUCUUGUACACUGAAAGAUUAGGUUCUCUAUCUUCAAGAGCCAUUUUCAGGUUGAAGCCCUGCGCUAGAAGUAACGCUGUUGAGAAAUUAGUGGAUGUCAAUGGCUUGAGUUACGAAGGUGAUGAAUUGUUCGAUUUUGAUCCUGAUCAAUGCAGCCUGCAUCAUGGGAAAUGGGCGUUCAAUCGCUCCAUCGAGCCCCUGUAUUCGGACCAAACAUGUCGAUUUUUGGACCGGCAGGUCGCUUGCGUUAGGAGCGGUAGGCCGGAUUCGGAUUAUAUGUACUGGGAGUGGCCGCCCGACGGCUGCAGGCUGCCGAGGUUUGAUCCAAGAAUGGUGCUGCGGAAACUUAAAGGGAAGAGGCUAAUGUUUGUAGGGGAUUCACUGCAGAGAGGGCAAUGGCAAUCCUUCGUUUGCCUCGUUGAUUCUGUGAUACCGAAAGGGAAGAAGUCGAUGAAACGAGGUCGUUUGCAUUCUGUUUUCAGAGCUAAGGAAUACGAUGCCACGGUGGAGUUCUAUUGGGCUCCUUUCCUCGUAGAAUCCAACACAGAUAUUCAUAUAAUAGCAGAUCCAAAGCAGAGGAUUUUGAAGGUUGAUUCAGUUGAAAAGCAUGCCAAACACUGGUUAGGCGUCGACAUCCUCGUCUUCAACACUUAUGUUUGGUGGAUGAGUGGCCUCAAAACUAAGACAUUAUGGGGUUCGUUUGCGAACGGAGCAGAAGGGUACGAAGAGUUGGAAACACACGUUUCCUACACGUUAGGGCUCAGAACAUGGGCAAAUUGGGUGGAUUCAAACGUUAAUCCCUCCAAAACACGAGUGUUCUUCACAACCAUGUCUCCUUCACACCACAGGUGAAUUUAGGCCUAAUUAAGGGGUGUGGUUGGUUGAACUUAAUUAUAAGCUCUUUAAAACACUUUAUAAUUGUUUCAAAAAAACACUUUAUAAUUUAAAAGUUUAUAAACUCUUAUUUUU